AUGCUUGGGUGUAAGCUCGUGGAUACUUCCAUUGUGAAGAAACAUUACCUGGGAAUUUAUCCGGAUCAAGAACCAGUGGAUAAAGGCAGAUAUCAGAGACCGGUAGGAAGACUAAUUUACUUAGCUCAUACUCGUCCGAAUAUAGCCUAUGCAGUAAGUGUGGUGAGUCAGUUUAUGCACUCGCCUAGUGUGGAUCAUAUGGCAGUUAUGCGGAUUUUAGCAUAUUUGAAGUCGGCUCCAAUAAAAGGAAUUUUGUAUAAAAAUUCCAGUCAUUUGAGGAUCAAAGGAUUUACUGAUGCCGAUUGGGCAGGCAAUGUAACUGAUAGACGCUCUACUUCUGGGUACUUUACAUUUGUUAGUGGAAAUCUAGUGACUUGGAGGAGCAAGAAGCAAAACGUGGUGUUGAGAUCAUCAGCUGAGGCCGAAUUCAGAGGUAUGGCACAUGGAGUAUGUGAAGUCCUUUGGUUACGUAAGUUACUUGGUGGUCUAGGUUUCAUAGCAAAGGAGGCAACAAGGUUGUAUUGUGAUAAUAAAUCUGCACGGGAGAUUGCAGAGAACCCGGUACAACAUGACAGAACAAAGCAUGUGGAAGUUGAUCGUCAUUUUAUUAAGGAAAAGCUGGAAAAGAAAAUUAUUUCAAUACCGUUUAUGAACUCGGAAGAGCAACUUGCGGAUAUCCUCACUCAUGCCGUGUGUAGUAGAUCUUUUGGUGACUCACUUAUCAAGUUCGGUAUGUGUGAUAUCUAUGCCUCAACUUGA